UUCUCGACUCCAAGUUUUUCUAUGACGUCGAACGGCUCUUUUUGUUUUGGUUAGAUUAAAUUGCGGGCUUGAUAGCAGCUAAGCGUUUACUCCAUUACCUCCAGAUAGUCCAGAUAUCUCGAGCACCAUUUGAUUCUUCCCUAGACGUGGAUGAUGUAGAGAAAUUAUUCUCGCCUGCAUGACGUAAAUCGCAAGAAAUUGCGAGCGCUACGGGGGACGAGCGGAAUUUAGCCGUACAAGAAUGUUCAAUCAAAGCAACUCGCUGAGGACGGCAACGUCGAACACAUCGAAUCCGAUGCAAGACUUCGAGGUUGUCUCGCCGCCGGACGACUCUGUCUCUAGUCUGGCGUUCAGUCCGGCAUCCAUACCACAGAAUUUCUUGGUUGCCGGCUCCUGGGAUUGCAACGUGCGAUGUUGGGAGGUAGAGCAAUCUGGCAAGACGGUACCGAAAUCCAUGCAGAAUAUGGCAGCGCCGGUCUUGGCUGUGUGCUGGAGCGAUGAUGGAACCAAAGUAUUUAUGGCAGGUUGCGACAAAACUGCAAAGUGCUGGGAUCUAGCUACAAACCAGAGUGUACAAGUAGCAGCUCAUGACGCACCUAUUAAAACAUGUCAUUGGAUAAAAGCAUCUACAUAUUCUUGUCUAAUGACAGGUUCCUGGGAUAAGACGCUAAGGUUUUGGGAUCUGCGCAUUCCUAAACCCGCACUGACUAUAAACCUGCCUGAAAGAUGUUACUGCGCUGAUGUUGAUUAUCCUAUGGCAGUCGUGGGAACAGCUGGACGUGGUUUAAUAGUCUAUCAACUGGAGGGCAGUCCGCGAGAAUACAAACCUGUCGAAUUGAGUCUGAAGUAUCAGUACCGUUGCGUGGCAAUCUUCAGGGACAAGAAGAAAGUGCCGACCGGUUUUGCAAUAGGGAGUACGGAAGGACGCGUUGCGAUUCAUCAUCUGAAUCUCAGCACAAAGGAAAACUUUACGUUUAAGUGCCACAGGACUAACGGCACACCUAACGGAUACCAAGACAUCUAUGCGGUAAACGACAUAGCAUUCCAUCCAGUACAUGGCACCGUUGCAACCGUAGGCGGCGAUGGUACUUUCGGAUUUUGGGAUAAAGACGCACGUACCAAGCUGAAAUCUUCUGAAACAAUGGAACAACCUAUCACACGCUGCUGUUUCAAUCACAAUGGGCAGAUAUUCGCGUAUGCCGUUUCUUACGAUUGGUCUAAGGGCCACGAGUACUAUAAUCCAGCGAAGAAAAAUCAGAUCUUCCUGAGACCGUGUUAUGAUGAAUUAAAACCGAAAGCUACUCCCUAAGUCGAUGAUGCUGAAAUGUAUCAAGACCGAAACAAUGUAUGAAUCCUAAUGUAAUUACAAGUUCAUGUAUUUCCGUUCGGUAAAACCAUAUGCUGUUGACAUAUUUUCUUUUUACUUAAAAUAAUUUUUACUUAAUAUAAACUGUUGAUAUGCGCAUAACAUAAACUACAAUUAAUACAUAUCCAUUAGCUUUUUGUAUACAUAUAUUAUGAUAUAUAGAAUUGGUAUGUUUUUUGGUAAUGUUAGUUAUGUGAUUUUAAUAAUUAUCUUUCCAUAAACUGUGGUGUUGAAUUUCGAAAUAUUGACAGAGACGAUGACAGAUAACUACCUAGGUACACUGCAAAAUAAACAUAUUAAAAAAUAAAAAAUUCUUUCUAUAAAAUAUAUAUUUUUUAUCAAAA